UGGUGUGGCGUCUGCUGGUUCCAGGAGAUUUGAGCUCCAGCCAGGAUGAUCGAGGUUGUUUGCAAAGACCAUCUGGGGAGGAAGGUCUGUGUUAAAUGCAAUACUGAUGACACCAUCGGACACUGUAAGAAGCUGAUUGCAGCCCAAACUGGCACCCUUUGGAACAAGAUUGUAUUGAAGAAGUGGUACACGAUUUUUAAGGACCACGUAUCUCUGGGUGACUAUGAAAUCCAUGAUGGGAUGAACGUGGAGCUUUAUUACCAAUAGAGCAGGAUUCCUUCUCCCCCCACACUAAUAUGGAU